GAGAUUACAAGGAAAACAUUUYCUCGUUUGGGAAGAAAAUCAUGUGAACACAGAGAAUUUUAGCUUGGAAUGUCGUUUAUAUUCGACAGAGAACCACCGUCAUGUUUCUCUAGCCGUGUUUCCAAGGUUCGCCGAUCAAAUGUGAUAGAAAACGUAAAACUACAGCGACAAAUCGAAGCUAUCGAGCUUGAACGUUCUUACAGACGCUAUCAAAUCCACCAAGAAAAGAAAGAUCUUGAAAAACACUUAACCAAACUCAAAGAAAUCAAGGAACUGCCAAGAAUUGUAGGAAGAAGAUUUGCUUAUUCAUGUCAAGAAARAACAAAUACUUCUGUUUUUAUGGAGAGUAAUGCUUGUGGAAGUGAAACUGUCAUUGGGAAAGCGAGAUCGUUUUCAGCGCCUUCCUCKCUUCCGUCUUUGACGUGUCGAUGCGCAGUAACGGGUUACAAAAUACGAACAAGAAAACUAUCACGAGAAAAUAGCUCAGCCAGUCUGCCCGUUACUAAAGAGGAGUUUGAUGGCAAUGUCAUUGCGAUAAGUGAGGAAGAAUUCGACCACAAUGUGGGURUUAUGGAGUUAAGAGACGCUGAAAUGCCGUUAAYGGGUCGAACUACYWKUAGAAAGACUUCAUCAAAUACAUGAUCUAAMAUUUUGAAGAUUUUCUAAAGUAUUGAAGAUAUUGUGCACCUUUAUACAAGAACGCCACGAAUACAAGCUGAAUAUGUGUUGUUCAGUAAGAAAAUUAAACAAUAAUCGAAAAAAAUAGUAUCGAUUUUAUUUGAGAACAGAUAAUUAUUCUGUAAGAUAAUCUCUGUAACCUUCGUUCUAGACGUCUUAUACUUAGUCCUCCAAACUAAAGUACAUGUGACGCUUCAUAGAAAAUCAUUUUUAUCCGAAAAAGAACAUUCUGAAGAGCAUUUCUGAAAUGAAACUAAAAAAAGAAAAUGAUUUUGAACUAAAAGUGUUUGAAGAAUUGAUGAUUUAAAUGAAGUGACGUCUCGUCCACUUGAAGAUAAUUUUAUAUGAAAAAUCAAGAAAUAGGACAUUAUUCCUUUUGAAGAAAAAGAAAAUUAUUUUGAACUAAAAGUGCGUGUUUGAAAAAUCGAUGAUUCAAAUGAAGUGACUUCAGGUCCUCGAGGGGAUAAUUUCAUAAAUAGAUAUUAUUCCUUUUGAUGCCUUAGUAAUACUAUUUUCAGUUCAUAAAUAGACGAUGCAUAUUAUUCAACCAAUAGAAGCUAGUAACGCAAGCAAUGAAGAAAUUCCGUAGCCCAAUUGCUUAGAUGGAGUCUCUUCAUUUGCAUUGUAAAAAWUGGAGACUGGAAAAUUUACUUAUGCACUUUUUUCUUGAUAAAUAUGCUUAAGAUCAAGUCCCCUUUAAGGUAAAUGUCAUUUUCAAGAAGGCGACACUUGCAAUAAAAGAGUCCAUAGACCUUUUCCGAAAUACAAAAUCAUAUUGUAUUCGAUAUAUCUUUAUGUCGGAUUAUAAAAUAUCUUUUAAAUUUCAUUAUGUGUAAGAGUUUAAACUCAAAUUACUAAUCUUUCACGCAAYAAAACACCAGGAUUUUUAGGAAAACUAGUUUCGUUUUAUAUUAAAACCUCUUCAAUUCYUCAUAAAAUAAUAAAAUCCUAUUGCAUUGUGGUCUAGCUUCAGUGCAAACAACGCCAUGUGGCAGCAUGGACAGAAGAUGUUUUUACCGAAUCUAUACCACUAGGCAAUGAAAASUGCUAAGAAACGCCCUAUGGRGGACUAUAGACUAAUCAAUACAACCAAUGCUCAUAUUACAAACACGAAAGAAACUGUAACUAACAGUAUUCAUCCGUUUUUAUUAGAUCGUAGAAAUGGCUUGUUCAGUAGACGGAAGUUGAUGUUAAAGCUGGUAUGUCUAAUAUUGGUUCUUCGCAGUUUCAUACAUUAAACCUGAGACAACCUGCA